AAAUUCAAAGAGUAAAAUGGUAAUCUCCUCAAGCGUACGCAUGCAUAUCUUGAUGCCUGGUGCGCAUAUAAAUUAUGCCAGUCUCUAAUCCUACGCAAUCUCUCUCUCACUCUCUCUCCCUCUCUCUCUCUCUCUCUGAGCAUAAGUACCUCACCUCAAAAACCAAAAACCAGAAAAGCCAUAAACAUUCCCCUUUUUUCUCAGUUAGCCGUCAGGCGUACUCGAAAGGCAGAACCAAAUGCGACCAGUACCAGACCCAGCAACACUAGCUCCACAUGAAAUACACCUAUCCCCACCACUCGCCGCCCCAACAACAACAUCAAGAUGUGAGCCACAUGCCUGCAGGUGGCAACCCUACUCCAACUCAGGAGAUUUUGAAGCAAACGCGGCUGUGAUCUUCAUCGUCCUCCUCUGCGCACUCAUAUGCGCUCUGGUUCUUAAUGCCGCCAUCCGCUGCUUCCUACGCGGUGGCCGUCACCCACCACAAGACAACCUUCCUCAAAACCAGCAGCAGCAACAACAACAGCAACAACUUCAUCAUCAGCGGAAGAGCACCCUCGAGAAAGAUGCAGCUGAUGAUCCAUUGGCGGCAGCUCCCACGCUGGUGUUCUCAGCUGGGAUGAAGCUGGCUGGGACUGAGGCCGAGUGUGCCAUUUGCUUGUCGGAGUUCAUGGAGGGAGAGGGAAUUCGGGUGCUGGGAAGGUGUACGCAUGGGUUCCACGCGCAGUGCAUCGAGAAGUGGUUCUCCUCCCACGCCUCCUGCCCCACUUGCCGCCGCAGCUGUCUCCCUGCCUCUCCAUCUCCACAACGAACUUCCGAGGCCUGCCAAAGCAAUAGAAUCCAGCAGGACCUCCCAACCGCCGAUGGAACUCUCUCAUGAUUACCCAUCGGAAGUAUACAUGUGUACGUAUGUACUGCAGCUGGCUAGCUAGCCAGCAACUAAGAGUAUCAAUUAAUAAUUGUCAUGUUUUUUUUCUUUCAUGGAGUAAUUCCUAUGCAAUAUCUAUGACAACCA